AUGACGACUACCGAGGGCCAGUUCAAGGUCGGCGAUGCGAGCUUCUACACCAAGACAUGGACGCCGACGAACCCCGUGAUAGCCAAGGUCAUCUUCGUCCACGGCUUCAGCGAGCACAUCAACCGCUACAAUGACUUCUUCCCCAAGCUCGCCGAGCAGGGCAUCCAGGUCUUUGCAUGGGACCAGCGCGGCUGGGGCCGCAGCGUGACGAAGCCCGCCGAGAAGGGCCUCACGGGGCCGACGGCGCGGGUUGUGGCCGACGUCGCCGCCUUUAUCCAGGACAAGCUGCCGUCAGACGUGCCCGUCUUCGUCAUGGGUCACUCCAUGGGCGGCGGCGAGAUCCUCACGCUGGCGGGGGACGCGCAGUACAAGCAGCUGGUGGGCCAGAUUCGCGGCUGGGUGCUCGAGGCGCCCUUCAUCGGCUUCUCGCCCACCGAGGUGCCCAGCUCGCUCAAGGUGUUUGUCGGAAGACUGGUCGGCCGCCUGUUGCCGCGGCAGCAGCUCAAGCAUGUUGUGCCGCCAGAGCAUCUGAGCCGCGACCCGGAGGUGGUUGAGUCGAUUAGGAACGAUGCGCUGUGCCAUAACACGGGCACGCUGGAGGGCUUGGCGGCGUUGCUGGACCGAACGGCGACGCUGGCGGGAGGGGGAGUGAAAUUGGGGGCUGAUGUGCGUUCGCUGUUUUUGACGCAUGGCACGAAGGACUUGACGUGCAGUUAUGAUGCGGCUGUGAAAUUUGUGAAUGAGCAGACGGCUGUGGAGGAUAAGGAGAGCAAGUCGUAUGAGGGUGGGUAUCAUCAGCUUCAUGCGGAUCUGUGCAAGGACGAGUUUACAAGGGAUGUGAUCGAUUGGAUAGUGAAGCGGUCCAAGAUAGAACCGAAGCUGUAG